ACUCUCUCCUCCCCAAGUUUCUCUUCUCUUCUAUUUCAUUCGCUUUGAAAAUAAGACGAAGAGAGUCAGUGUCAAUGGUUGAGAUACACGUGUAUUGUUCAGUUUUUCAGCUUGGCGUUUAUAAUUUAGUUCGGUGGCGUUUUUUUCAAUAACUUGAUUAUUAUUUUAUAUUCAUUGUGAUUGGAACCACUUUUUACAUCAAUAAAUUAGGUUUUCAGUGAAUUUUAUUGUAAAAUUUUGGUGUUUUGAUAAUGAAAAAAGUGAACUUAUAGUGUACUUACAGCAUAGUUAUACCAUAAAUAGACAGUAGUAAGUAAUACGUUGUAUAAUAACUUACUACUCUUAGUAAGUAGCCUAUCGUUUUUAAUACAGUUGGCUACUAAUAACCGGUUGAAUAUUUUUCAUAACCAAAUUGAAUGCUUCCAGGAAAAUCAAUGAAAGUACCUACCGUUCCAAUUUCAACUCUGUUUUAGAGAUGAAGAACUGUUUACUAAUGGAAUAUCAAAUCAAUUAUUCAACAUCUUGUUCUACUUAGUAAUGAUACAGUAAUUGUAUUAACUGUGAAUAAAAAUAAUAUUGAGUGGAAUUGCAUAAAAUGAUAAACUUGUAUCAGAAGUAAAUACAACAAAACUAUAAUCAUUUUAUUUAAGUACCGGUGGGAGGAAAGUGAAGUCAAAAAAGUUGAGGUUGAAAACUGUAAUAUAGCUGCAAUAAUUUCAAGUGAAAACUACAAUGCAUCUUAGUACUCUCAAUUUCAUCCCAUCUUUUCCAUUUCUCUUCAGUUUUAUAUUAGUAGUCUCUUGUUUGGGAUCUGAGAAUGAUUAUCAUUCAGAAAAACAUUUCAGUGAACGUGAUAGAACCUUUUUUGAUGUUUUGAUGGAUGAUUAUCGGAAAAUGUUCAAUGGAGACACAAUGGUAUGUCAUGAUAUUUGUGAAAACCCAUUGAGGUAUGCCAACACCUAUACUCCAUACUCGGUGAUAGCCAAUUUGACUACAGCUCCGUAUGAGUUUGAAGGAUGUCACCCAGUGAAAUUAUGGCUGUUAAUAAGACAUGGAUCUCGUACUAUGGAUAGUAAUACAAGACAGGCCAGCUCAAAAAUUCUACCAAGGAUAAGGCACCACAUUUUAUAUAGUCAUAUGAUUGGAAAAGGUGACUUGGAUGAACAAACCGUGGAACUUUUCAAAAAUUGGACCGAAAAUCUACCAUUAGACAAUCAAAAAUCUCUGACGAUGAUUGGGGAGGAGGAAAUGUACAAUUUGGCAGUACGCACUAGGGAACGGCAUCCUCAUUUUUUUAAAUCCAAUUAUUCGGAACUCCAGCAUGAGUUCCGAUCCAGCAUCAAACAAAGAACAAAAGAUAGCGCCAUUCACUUUGCUAGAGGAUUAUUUCCAGAUGAAUUAUAUAAAGUUAGAUUUGAAAGCUCAAAAAAGGACGAUCAAAUACUCAGGUUCCACACGAGAUGCAGACAGUGGGUGAAAAGUGUUGAACGUAACAGUAGCACUUAUCACCAGUUGGAUGAGUUCUUGUCCAGUCCCACAAUGGCAGAAGCUCUCAUAAGAAUAUCCUAUCGUUUGGGUCUCAAUUACACACUGGAUUAUAGUGAAGCGAAGCUGAUGCUGAGAUACUGUGCCUCACAAUCAGCUUGGGAUGGACAUGACUCACCAUGGUGUCACGUAUUUUCUGACCAAGAAUUGAAGAUUAUAGAUCAUGCAGAUGACAUUAGAAGGUAUUAUCUUCAUAGCUAUCCUCAUGAAAUAAAUUAUAAACAGGCAUGUCCUCUCGUAAGAGCCAUGUUGAAGUUUCUUGGCACAAAUCCAGAAGAUGGGUUCAAAUCCAGAUUCUUAUUCUCACAUUCUGGAUCCAUGUUAAAAUUCAUAACAGCAAUGGGGCUGUUCGAAGAAAAAAGCAAUUUAAGUGAACAUAAUUGGCAGAAUAAAACAUGGAGAGGAUCUUUUAUAGAUGCAUUUGCCUCCAAUUAUGCUGCUAUCUUGUACAAAUGCAGUGAUAAUGUGGACAAGGUUCUCACGUUGUAUCAGGAGCAGCCAAUGAUAUUGAGGAAUUGUGACUCAAUACUAUGUCCACUUGCAGUUAUACAGGACACGUAUAAAGCCUAUAUGGACUGCAAUUUCGAUAAAAUUUGCCGCAAUAGAAAGAGGAAAAACGAUUAAUGAUCAAAAAUUGACAACAGCAAAUAUUUUUAGCAUGCAUUGUGAAAUGCUUUUAGAAGUUCUUUGGUAUGUAAGAUGUAAUAUUCAGACUACAUGUAGCUUUCAGACUGUAGAAAAUACUGUGUAGCUUUAUCAGGUAGGUUACAGUGAUUUAGUACUAAUACUAUGUGUGUAGGUAGACUGUUCAGCUACUAGGUGAAGAAUCUUCACCUCAUAACACAAAAUAUAACUAUAAUCUUCACUCUACCACUUAUUAUUAUUUAUUUGUAACAGUAUUGAGUAUAGUCUUAGAUGAAGAUAGUUAUGGUGUGACCAAUUUCCAGGUCUACUGAAUGUUUGGAUGUAUUACAUAUCGUAAUUCUAAAACUAAUGAGUACCUAGUUUGAUUUUCUACUAGAUAGUGUAGUGUAGCAUGUCGCUAGUAAAUAAAUUAAUUUAAAAUUAUUUCUACAUUAUGUAGACAUAAACAUAAAAAUUUUUAACUACCUGUUUGAGUAUUAUAAAGUAUAAAAAUGUUUGUGUGGAAACGCCAUUAAGUAAGUUUCACACAUUGUUAAUCAGCCAAUGUACGUAAAUUGUAGUGAUGCUUUAAAUAGUAGAGAAUCAUCUUGAAGUACAUUUUUCGAAAACAUUCAUGUAAAACUAACUUUAUUGUUGAGUAUCAAAAAUGUGGUUAUCAUAUAUUAUAACUUCUUGUUUACUAUUUUGAA